AUGGGCACUGGCAUGUGUUCGAGGAGGCAGAAGGGGCUUCUGCAGACCGGCUUUUGCCUGGUGACCGUGGCGUGUUUGGGCUCGGGAGUUUUCAUGUACAACCACUUGCAGCAAAAGGUGCGGAACGCUGAAGCCCUGGCCCAGAAAUACAAACAGCAGCAGGAGGCUCUGUCUGCCCAGCUCCAAGUUGUGUAUGAGCACAGAUCCCGGCUAGAACGAUCCUUGCAGAAGGAGCGAGGGGAACACAAGAAGACGAAGGAAGAUUUUUUAGUGUAUAAGUUAGAAGCUCAGGAAGCUCUCAACAAGGAGAAGCAAGAUUCUAUGAACAGAUACGGGGCCCUCAGUUCCCAGCACAAGAUACUGAAGAACCAGCAUGAAGAUGUCAAGAAGCAGCUGCUUGACCUGCAGCUGCAGCACAACAGCUUGAAACUGGAACAUCGUAAGACACUGGAGGCCCAUAGCCAGAAAUAUGCCCAGCUGCAGCAGGAGAAGGACAGUGAAGUCACAAACUUGCAGGAUACAGUCUUUAAACUCAGAGAAGAGAGCAAGCUUCUGCGGAAAGCCCACCAGGAAGUUCACUCCCAGCUCCUUAGCGCCCAGGCCCAGAUGGAAGAGUUCAGGCAGCUCAAGGAAGCUCUACAGAGGAUGCCCAGCUUCAAAGGAGGAGGAGCUGGGAAGGGGCAGCAGCAGUUUCAGGUGCUGAAGGAGCAGCCCGUGGCACCAGCCAACAGCCAGUUGCAGCUCAUGAGGCAGAAGUCUCUUCCAGUCAAUCAGGAGAAUCGCCCCGUUGGGAACCCACUGGCAUCGCAAGUCUCUGGGGUUCAGAAGCAGGCAGAUGGUGGCCAUCUGCUGCAGGGCCAGAACUUGCGCAGUAACGAUGGCCCAAGGCCACAGGGUAAUGUGGUCUUUACCCACCCAGCCCCGCCGCAAGAUGCCAAUUCGCUGCCAGGUGCUAUGCCAGCCUGGCCAGCAAGACGUGGGGAUGGCCACGUGAUCCGAUUCACCCGGACCAUGAACAGUCUACCAAAUGGGAAUCCAGAUCUGAAGAUGGUGAUGCGCAUUCAGGUGAAAAGCAAUGAGGAAAGCCAGGCUCCUGGAUUGUCACUGUCUGAUCUGAAACAACCCUCUGCAGCAGAAAAACCUCAGGUGCCAGACAGCCGCCACUCUACAGGGAGCAAACAGGUGCAAAUGCAAAGCUGGAAAGACAUAGUGGACAAAGUGAACGCCCGGAUGGAUGAAGAACAAGUGCCCAGUUACCCGAAGAGCCUUCAUUUUGAUGCCAAGCCUGCGCAAGAGAUGCAGAAAGGCAGCCCACAGCCACCCAGUCCGAAGAGUGGGGAAGAGCAUCAAAGAGCUCAUCAGGAAGGCAAGAAGGACAGGACAGAUGAUGAGGAACUCGAAAUGGAUGCAGGAGUGAUUGAGAGAGAGGAGAACUCGCACUCUCAGAAGGAGACUGUCGUCCAGGAGCCAAUGAUGCCAGACGAUGCCGCAGAUCCUGCCCAGGAUCCCAAUAACCAAGGUGAGGAUGAGUUUGAGGAAGCUGAGCUGGAGAGACCUGACUUUGAAGAGAAGGAUGCUGGCAGACCUGCCAAGCCCAGGGAAGACCCAAUGGAUGACUAUCAAGAAGAUCAGGACCAAGAAAUUGAGGAUCAUGGAGGUGAGGUGGAUGACAAUGAUGACCUGGAACUUGUCCAAGACCAGAAGGACCAUGCAGGCAUACAGGGAGCUGAUGGCAAGAAGGAUGACUACUACUGA